AUGUCAUCUAUUGUCAAGCCAUCCACCGUUGUCCUGCCCACGCCGACCAAUAGUCAAGGACAUGUUGAUACAGAAGUCACGGAAAACGAUCUCUUCCCUCAAGAAAGCGACACGCUUAUAGAAUUACUGGAUCAUUUUCGGAACGAACUUCUCAGGCACAAGGCAGAGCAACUAUUCCGCAAACCCCUCAAGUUCUGUUAUCCUCCCGAAGAGGCUUCGCCGCCGCCUACCACUGACUCAUUGAAUGAAGCCCCUCUCACGGUAAACUGUGGGGAGCUGGCGCUUGUGUACACAUUCCCCGAUAAUGCCCCAAUCCUAGGUUUUGAAGAGUGGUUACUGGAAUGCAUGAUAGCCGCAGACAAGGCCCGUAAACACCUCAAAUCCACGGUUCGUCUGAAGGCCAUCAGUCUCAAGCGGUCUUUGCUAGCAGCAUAUCAUGACCUCCAGCUGGGUAAAAGGGAAGAAUGGAUGCGACAGAAACUCGAUCUCUCCUCAAAGACGGGUUCCUGGAUAACAGAUACGGAAAAGCUGGCUACGAAAAGCAUAGAGACUGAAAGUGACGAAGAUGGCUCUGGGUCGGAAGAAUUCGGUGAUACGGAGAGCGAAGACAUUUCUGGUGAAGGUACCGACUCGGAUGAGUGGACUGACGAAGAAAGUGUUACCGCGGAAGAUGAAGAUGAAGGUGAUCCAGAAGGGAACAGCGAAACCGUGACCGUUGAUACAGGUGUGUAA